UUUUUAAAGUAUAUACCUAAUAUAGUAAAGCAGAGCUGGGCUAAUUUCUAUCCUCCAGCUAGGGCAAAAGUUUAUUCAGCAUCUUCAAUAGACUGGACUAUGUGUUAUCCAUCACACCACGCCGCCUACUGCUCAGCCUUAGUAAUAAGCUUCGCAAUUUAUUUAAGAUAGUUUUUUUGUUAACAAAAAUUAGUUAAAUAAAUAAUUUAGAAAUACUUAAAAAUUAUUGAAUUAAUUUUAAAAAAUGCCAAAUCCUCGAAUAAUUCCAAGACAAAAUUUUCAAGCCGACCAAGAAGUCCAUACAAUUUACCAAUUUUUUACAACUAAACCGGGAGCUGACCCAAAUUAUUAUGAUGACUAUUUUUCUUUUUUUGUAAAGCCAAGUAAUGCGCAACGUCAACAAUUAAAAGAAAUUUAUCGUUCAAAAUAUGGAGGUGCUGAUUUGGUUGAAGAUUUAAAGAAACGUUUACCUCCUAGUGAAUUGGCUACUAACCAAUUAUUUUUGGCAUUAUUAGAUACUCCGGCAUAUCAUGAUGCUAAAUAUUUACAAAAAGCUAUGAAAGGUUUGGGUACUGAUGAGGAUGCUUUAAUUGAGAUUUUGGUAACUCGUGGUAAUAUUCAAUUGAGACAAAUUAAACAUGCAUAUCAAGAAUUGUAUGGAAAAGAUUUGGUUAAGGAUAUUGCUUCAGAAACGAGUGGAACAUUUAAAGCAUUGCUUUUAGAUUUAUUGGAAGCCAAUAGAGAUGAAGGUUUUAGAACAAGUCCAGAACAAGCCAAAAUAGAUGCUGAUGCUCUAUACAAAGCUGGAGAAAAGAAAUGGGGAACUGAUGAGGCUGUUUUUAUUAAAAUUUUGGCUAAUCAAAACUUUAAUCAACUUUCAUUACUUUUUGAAGAGUACCAAAAAUUAACUAAACAUUCAAUGGAACAAGCUAUAAAAUCCGAAUUUAGUGGGGAUGAUUGUAAGGCUUUAUUGUCUAUUUGUAAUUUUGUUCGUAAUGGAAUAUAUGGAGAAGUAGCUGAAAUGUUACAUAAAAAUAUACAAGGAGUCAAAGACGAUACUUUAAUUCAUUUGGUUGUUGCUCAUUCUGAAUUAGAUUUGGGGGAUAUUGCUGAUGAAUAUUUUAAACGAUUUAAGAACAAGCAAUUGAAAAAAGUGGAAAAUCAACAAUCUUAAAACGUGCUCUUGUUUAUAUGAUUAAAGG